CUGGGCCUUUGUCCAUCAUGCUUGAUAAUGGCGCAGCCUGGUCAGGUAGGAAUGUCCUUUAUAUCCGGAGUGAUCCAAUCUGAAUGGGAUUCUGGGUGCCUAAUUCCACCCACGGAACUAACAGAAAGGCCAAGCCUGCGCCACAUUGACUCCUUUUCGGUUACGACUACUUGUCGUAAUACCUACCGAAUACUGACUGAUAGAUAAAGGGGAUUUCCCCGGGGCUGGUGCAUAACAAUUGGUUGGCAUAAAUCAAAGAUUAAGACCGACAAAGCAAGGGCAACCCAUCUGAUGUCAUAGUUGAGCCACCCAGUCUAACCGUCACCGACUUAGACCACCUUAGUAUUCCCGACUAUCUACUCAUCCAGCCAAAUCAAGCCAAACCUUCCCCACUCUGCUUUGUUGCCGUCUUGAACUUUUUUCCCUCUCUUCUUUUCUUUCGUUUUCUCCUCCUUAUUCUCCCCUACUUUAUAUUAUCCUGGCCCAAAAUGAGUUUCAAAGGUUUCUCGAAAGGGGUCGUUCGGGCCCCUCAAAAUUUCAAGGCCCGCUUCAACAUUGGCGAGCACACUAAAGAUGCUGUUUAUAUGGAUGCCGAGCGGCGUUUUCAGGAGCUAGAACGAGAGACGAAGAGACUCCACGAUGAGUCCCAGAAGUAUUUCGGCGCAAUUAAUGGCAUGCUCAACCACCAGAUCGAAUUCUCCAAAGCCAUGACCGAACUCUACAAACCCAUUUCGGGACGCGCCUCCGACCCCGAUUCGUACGUGGUGGAAGGAAAUCCCGAGGGCAUCCAGGCCUGCGAGGAGUACGAAGCCAUUGUGGCCGAACUACAAGAGUCGCUAGCGCCCGAGCUGGAGCUGAUCGACAGCCGCAUCGUCAGCCCGGCCGACCAACUACUCGAAGUGAUUAAGGUGAUCCGGAAGGUAGCGGUCAAGCGGGACCACAAGAAGCUGGACUACGAUCGCCACCGCGCCACGCUGAAGAAGCUGGAGGAGAAGAAGGACAAGUCGCUGAAGGACGAGAAAGCCCUGUACCGCGCCGAGAACGACGUCGAGCAGGCGACGCAGGAGUUCAACACCUACAACGACCUGCUGAAGGAGGAACUCCCCCGACUAUUCCAGCUCGAAGCCGAGUUCAUCCGCCCGCUGUUCCAAUCCUUCUACUACAUGCAGCUGAACAUCUUCUACACGCUGCACGAGAAGAUGCAGGGCAUGAACAUCAACUACUUCAACCUGACCCUAGACGUCCUCGAGGCCUACGAGGCGAAACGCGGCAACGUCCAGGAGCAGGCCGAGGCGCUCGUCAUCGUCCACUUCAAGACCAAGGGCCUGGGCCGCCACAACACCAAGCUCGCCGGCAAGGGCAAGCUAGACGACAAGGGGGGCAGCUUCGCCGGGCGGCGGAGAGACUCCGACGGUGUCGACAACCCCCCGCCACCGUAUACCGCCGCGACCGCCGCGUCUGUCACGAGCAGCCCGUCCGGCAGCUUCAGCGGCAAGAAGCCGGCCCCGCCGCCGCCGAAGCCCAAGCCGUCGCGUCUGGCACAGCACACCGAGACCGUCACCGCGCUGUAUGACUACGAGGCGCAGGCGCAUGGCGAUUUGAGCUUUUCCGCUGGUGAGGUGAUCCAGAUCAUCCAUCGCACGGAUAACACGAAUGAGUGGUGGACAGGUAGGGUUGACGGACGGGAAGGACAGUUCCCAGCCAACUACGUCCAACUCAACUAGAGUGCUCUUAUAUCUUUCAUCUGGGACGGAGUUGGAUACGGCUGAUGGUGCGGGCUAGCAUUGGCUUGUUAGAGCGUUGCAUGAUUGGUGUAUAUAUUGGUUAUGAAUUUGACGAUGUUUUGUUUGCUAGCUGUACUGCUG